CGGCUCCGCCGCGGGACUGGCUUUGGGAGCCGGGCCGGGUGGCACCGGCGGGGCGGCGGUGGGCGGGCGAUCGCCAUGGAGCUGCUGUCGGCACUGAGCCUGGGCGAGCUGGCGCUCAGCUUCUCCCGGGUGCCGCUCUUCCCGGUCUUCGACCUCAGCUACUUCAUCGUCUCCCUUCUCUACCUCAAGUAUGAGCCCGGCGCCGUGGAGCUGUCGCGACACCACCCCGCAGCCUCCUGGCUGUGCGCCAUGCUGCACUGCUUCGGCAGCUACAUCCUGGCCGACCUGCUGCUGGGCGAGCCGGCGAUCGACCACUUCAGCAACAGCGCCAGCGUGCUGCUCGCCUCCGCCGUGUGGUACCUGACCUUCUUCUGCCCGCUCGACCUCUUCUACAAGUGCGUGAGCUUCCUGCCCAUCAAGCUGGUCUUUGUGGCCAUGAAGGAGGUGGUGCGCGUGCGCAAGAUCGCCGUGGGCAUCCACCACGCCCACCACCACUACCACCACGGCUGGCUCAUCAUGAUUGCCACCGGCUGGGUGAAAGGGUCUGGCGUCGCCCUCAUGGCCAACUUCGAGCAGCUGCUGCGGGGCAUCUGGAAGCCGGAGACCAACGAGAUUCUGCACAUGUCCUUUCCCAGCAAGGCCAGUCUGUACGGAGCCGUGCUGUUCACCCUGCAGCAGACGCGCUGGCUGCCCGUGUCCAAGGCCACCCUCAUUUUCCUCUUCACCAUGUUCAUGGUAUCUUGUAAGGUGUUCCUGACGGCCACCCACUCCCACGGCUCCCCAUUCGACGUCCUGGAGGCCUACGCGUGCCCCGUGCUGUUCGGGGGAGCCUGGGGCGGCGACCACCACCACGAAGGUCAGGGCGCCCACGGGCCCGGCCCGCAGCACGGCCCGCCCGCCAAGCCCAAGGAGGAGCCGGGCGAGGGCGCCCGAAAGAAGAGGACCAAGAAGACGGACUAGGCCUCCUCCCGCCUUCCCGCCCGCCCCGCCCCGCCCCGCCCCGCCCUUGGGGCUCUGGAGCCGGCAGAGGUGUUCCUGGUCUGUGUUCUUUUCCUCCGAAACUGCUGCGACCCGAGGCUCCCGUGACGGUGACGCCUCCUCGGUGCCCGCGUUGACCCGGGCUCCGUGGCCAGGCCUGCUGGGUGUCCCAGCAAGUUGUCUCCGAGCCUCCCGCUCCCCCUCUGUACGCGGUGGAGACUUCAGUGCUCCCCUGCACAGCAGGGCUGCCGGGAAGCCUGACGCGGAAGGGUUUUAUAGGCCCUGGGUGCUCUGGCCUCGGACGUAGAGGCCUCUAGGCCCGGAUGGAGAGGUCCGAGGUAGUCGCUGGCCUCACACUGCCCCCAAACCAAAGAAAUGUGCCCAGUGGGGAGGGGCUUCCAAGCUCCGGCUCUGUAUUUGAGUCCCAAACAUCAGGCCUUCCACAUGCUUUGCUGACACUCAUUUAGUCACUCAACAAACACCCUGAACCUACUCGGAGCAGAGGGAUGGUGGUGAGCAAGGGGGACAGUGGCUCCUCAUCUCGACAUCUGUCACCAGGACUCUGGAAGAGGUGAGCGGGUCCAAGUGUCACCCAUCUGUUGGGAAAGUGCCUUGCUUCAAUGAUUCCCCAGGGUGCCCAUGUACCCUGAUUUCCUCUAGCAUGCCCGCCCCAGCCCAGAUGAACCAAUAAACCCGCUGUGAAUGGAC